AUGAAGUUCUUCGAGAACCUCUAUACCUACGACUACUCCUUUCCCGCCGUCUCUCUCGCCUACUUCCUCCGCUAUCCGAACCCAUACUCAAAACAUGUCCUAACGACAGAUGUCAUUGAUCGCUACGUCGACCCGAAGACCAACCGCCUUCAUACAACACGCAUCCACCUCAAAAAGUCAAAAGUCCCGUCUGGGAUCUUGAAGCUCCUCCCAAAGGGCAUCGGUGGAUCCGACAGUUCCGGACAGAGCUACAUCCUAGAGACGACCGUUGUUGACGCCAGAGAAGGAUGGAUGGAGUCGGAAUCCCGCAACAUGGAGUGGACUGGGAUUCUCAGCGUGGUGGAAAAACAAGUCUACCGACGCCAGGCAUUGGAGGGGGGUCAGGAGAAGCUCGAAGGUCUGUCGCUGUCGCUUGACAAGCAGCGAACCGAACAAACCACAGUGAACACGACCGUUACGUUUCGCUCCCGAUUUGGGCAGGGGAAGCUUCUCGGCCGGAGGAAGACAGAGGCCGCUGGAGAAGAGUAUGAGGAGGAGGCUCCCAAACGGGGGUUCUUCACCUCGUUGUCCACUGCUGGUAUCCAGCGGACCAUUGAGCUGAUUGGGCUCAACCGUACACGCGACGCUAUUGUCAAGAGCAAGCAGGGAAUGAAUGUUGUUCUUGAGCGCCUGCGCAGCGGCGGCAUAGUUGGCGUUCUUGAUGGCAUGCGCCAGGACCGGGAGGCCAUUGGUCUUGGAGCAGAAGGCCCUUGGAAGCGUGUGUGGAUCAGCGGGAACUCUCACAACGACGACUGA